AUGGCAAACUGUUCAAGAAGUGAGGCCGAUUGUGCAUUGGUACAAGCUGGUAUGGAAAAAGCAUACAUACCUAAACAUGCUCUUUGCAUGUGGAUGGCUUGUCAGAAUAAAUUACCAACUCAAGAUCGCAUCAGUCAGUGGAAGCAUGAACCGCCGGAUUUGAAAUGUGUGUUCUGUAAAUCAGUGAUUGAAACGCAUAAUCAAUUAUUUUUUGAAUGCAAUUACUCAAGUAGUAUUUGGGAAGCCAUUAAAAAGGAGGUGGGGUUAACGAACUGUUUGAACAAUUGGGAGGAUAUUCUAAACAGGGGUUUAGCUCAACGAUGGAAAUCUUGGUCUAAUGUUCAAAAACUUGGUAUAUCGGCCAUGGUUUACCAUAUAUGGAGGGAAAGAAACAGGAAGUUCUUUGAUAACUUCAAUCAUACAGGGGACAAAGUUGUUGCGGAGAUCAAGAUGCAAAUUCUUCAACGUAUGGCUUGGAAGACUAGGAAAAAGCUGAAGAUUACUGAUGCUAUGUGA